UUUCUAUUUGGAACUUUUUAUUGGAUGGUUUUUUGUAUGAUUUGGUGAAGUUGUAAAGUAAAUUUGCUGUGCGUUAAAUGUUUCUUCCGACAAGAACUUCAGUACUUGCGAUAAUGUCAAUUAAUUGAGCUACCACGAUAUAAUUAAUUUCUUCAAUUUUCUGCGUGUGAUGUGUUUGAUACGGAUUAAUAUCGAUCGUUCGUGAUCCGUGUGUUUAUCUAUUGAUUGAACGAUGUCAAAGUUUGUAUCCUAACGUCGAGCGGAAAAUUAUGGUUAUCGAAAUGAAGCUAGUUGAUCAAGUUGUUCGUAGUUUCAAAGUGGCGAAAAUAUUCCGGGAUUUUCACGAUAAAGUUACUGCGAUCGAUUUUGCUCCGGAAGGCGAUUAUAUAGUAUGUUGCAGCGAAGACGAUCAGAUAGUGGUAUACGAUUGCGAGAAAGGGGUUCAAACAAAAACUGUUAACAGUAAGAAAUAUGGAGUCGAUUUAGUUCAUUUCACACACGCUAAAAACACUUGUAUUCACAGUUCUACGAAAAUUGACGACACUAUACGAUAUUUAUCUCUACACGACACUAAGUAUAUCCGAUAUUUUCCUGGCCAUACGAAAAAAGUUGUCACGAUGUGUUUAUCUCCUACAGACGAUUGUUUCAUAUCAGGAUCAUUAGAUAAAACACUUCGACUGUGGGAUAUACGAUCUCCUAAUUGUCAAGGCUUGAUGCAUUUAUCCGGACGACCUGUCGUCGCCUAUGAUCCCGAUGGUCUCAUUUUUGCAGCCGGAAUCAAUUCCGAAUGCAUUAAAUUAUACGAUUUACGGUCUUUCGAUAAAGGACCAUUUGUUACUUUUAAACAAUCACAGGAAAAAGAAUGCGAUUGGACAGGAUUGAAAUUCAGUCAAGAUGGAAAAACUAUUCUAAUAUCUACUAAUGGUUCAAUUAUAAGGUUAAUCGAUGCAUUUCAAGGCACUCCUUUGCAAUCCUUCGCCGGGCAUUUGAAUAACAAAGGUAUACCUAUCGAAGCAUCGUUCAGUCCAGAUUCGCAGUUCAUUUUUAGUGGCUCCACCGAUGGUAGAAUACAUGUUUGGAACGCAGAAACUGGAUAUAAAGUCUGUGUUCUUCAAGGGGAUCAUCCGCACCCCGUUACUUGUGUACAGUUCAACCCGAAGUAUAUGAUGCUAGCCUCUGCCUGUCAGAAUGUUGGUUUUUGGCUCCCAUCCUUGGAUGAAGAUUGAAGUCAUAUCAACGGUACAUCGUUGAAAUGCUUGCAUUUACAUCAAGCUUCCAUAUCCAAAGAAUUCGGUUUGUGGUGUCCUCCCAUCGGAGAUCGCUGUCCGCGUUAAUUUUUUUAAGAGAAAUAGGUUAUAAAGAGAAACAUCCUACUCUUAAGUCAUAAUUUUAUUUUAUUUUUUGCAUUUGAUUUUACUUUAUAUCGUUAUCGAAUUUAUUUCUUCCUAUAUGUGUAUGUGUGUGUAUUUGUUUUCGUUCUCCCUUAUUUUUUGUUUUUCAUCUGAUUUGGACGAGUAAAACGACCACAAUACAACCGACUAUAUCUUUACGCGGUGAUGUCUUUUCGUUGAAUAUUCGAAAUAAUGUUUCGAUAGACUUGGACGAAUAAUAUCCAUUCGCCCAUAGACCGCGGAAAAAGUUGAACAUGAUUUACGAGUGUAAUGAUAGAUACAUUAUUUCCAUACAUUUCUGUGUUUUUUGAUUGAAAUUAGUACAGUAUAAACAUGUACCGAGUUCAAUAUAGUCUUAUUCUGCGAAUAGUUCAGUCAUGGUUUCUCUCAUGGAAGUACACAUUGAAUGUAAUAUUCUGUAAUAGUAGCGAUAGAAAAUAUUUAUCGAUUAACCAACUCAGAAAAAAAGUAGGUAUUUGAGUUUUGUGUGUGUACUGGGUAUGUGGUAUAUAAUUCUUUCUUGUACGACCAAUCGGUUUGGUAUAUUUUUCGACUGUUUCUUCGUAAAACUGUACAUAGCGUGUAUUUUUCGUGAAUUUAGAUUAUUGAAGAAAAAAAAGAUACUUACAUCAUUGAAAUGUAGUACACUACUACAUACUAAUACUGCAUACCUAACCUUUAAAUAACAGAAAAAAUUUCAUUUGUUUGGUUCUUUUCCUUUUAAAAUUAUAUUUCGUUCGAAUAAUAUUGUUUCAAAUUGUUAUAAGGAGAAUAUUUACUUGCAUUUAUGUUGUAAUUUUUUGUGUACUUUUGGAUAAGUAUGUUGUAAAUGAAAAUUAUCAUCGUUGAUAAAUAUGUUUCAUUUCAGCGGAUUGUUAUUUAAAAAUUAAAAUGAAAUUUAAAAUACCAGCAUGUGUAUGUCAUAUUUUAUUCUAAUUUCUGCAUAGCGUUCCCCUUUUUUGUGAUGAUUUUUUCCUAUUUUUAAUCGUGUUAGCGGUGUACGUUAUGAUUUCAGAAUUUUUUAAAAAUACGCUUUGAACGAAAUAUUUCAUUUUAGUGUUAGUUAUUUCAUUAAAGUUUUUUUUAUAUCACGCCUAGAAGUUAAUGUGCUGUGUGUAAUAGCGAUAUUUUCCCUUUUUCUUUUCUUUUUUUUUUUUUUUUUCUUUUCUAAUAAUAAAAUAUAUUAUUUGUUGUA